CCUCCCAUGGGACUGGAGACCCUGAAGAUUGAUGACUUUCAGCUCCAUGCCUCCACGAUGAGACGCUACGGGCUGGGAGCACACAGAGGACGACUCAACAUACAGGCUGGCCUGUAUGAUGAUGACCUGUACGAUGGAGCCUGGUGUGCUGGGAGGAACGACCCUCUGCAGUGGUUGGAGGUGGACGCCAGGAGGUUGACCAAGUUCACAGGGGUCAUCACACAGGGGAGGAGCUCUCUCUGGUCGUGAGUAUCA